AUGGCUCCUUCAGCCGCCAAAAGCGAAGCUGAACGCGCUGCGGGCUCGAAGCUCAGUGCAGUGCUCCCGCAAGACCGAAAGCCAUGGUACCGCACACCGCAUCUUGUCAAACUGAACCUACUCCUCCUGGUCCCACUCGUAUCCUCGGCUUCAGUUGGAUACGACGGGUCCAUGAUGAACGGCCUUCAGACUCUCCCUCAAUGGCGGACGUUUUUUGACAGCCCUGACGGCGCCGUUCUUGGGCUCAUGAAUGCCGUCUACCCUCUCGGCAAGGUCAUCUCGCUUCCGUUGGUGGCCUUUAUAUCCGACAGGUUCGGCCGCAAAAUCCCACUCAUUGCGGGUCUCGUCGCUUGCGUUGCAUUUGCAAUCAUGCAGGCCAUGGCUCAGAAUUUCGGAACUUUUGUGGCAGCCCGGGCUUUGUUGGGCUUCAGCACCAGUUUCAUUAGCCAGCCGAGCCCCAUCAUAAUCGCUGAGCUAGCCUAUCCACCGCAUAGAGGCAAAGCUACGGCACUGUAUAACACAUUCUACUAUUUCGGCUCCAUCUUUGCUGCGUGGUGUACCUAUGGUACCUUCAAGAUUGACAGUACUUGGAGUUGGCGAAUCCCAUCGCUGCUCCAGGGUGCCAUUCCUGCGCUUCAGCUUUUAGUCGUUCUCUUCGUUCCCGAAUCUCCUAGAUACCUAGUGUCUCAAGGCAAGUUGGAUGAGGCACGCAAGAUCUUCGCCGACAACCACGCUGGAGGUAGUCUGCAAUCCCCCCUGGUUGAUUUCGAAAUGAGGGAGAUCCAAGAAACCUUGGCCAUUGAGUCCCAGGUGCUUUCUGCAACUUCGUGGGUCGACCUUGUCCGUACACCGGCCAACCGACGACGAACUUUGAUCGCCGUUAUUGUCGGCUGGGCAAGCCAAUGGAAUGGUGUCGGUGUUGUUAGUUAUUACCUCACUCUCGUUCUCAAUACCAUCGGCAUUACAGAGGUCAAGGACCAAACCCUCAUCAACGGGUUGCUUCAGAUCUUCAACUGGCUCGCCGCCACUUUCAUGGGCGCUCUCAUGGUUGACCGUCUUGGACGACGGACAUUAUUCCUGGUCUCAACAGCUGGAAUGCUGGGAAGCUACAUUAUCUGGACAGCUCUCACAGCAAACUUUGUCCAGAGUGGCAGUGAUACGGUCGGGAAAGCAGUGGUCGGCUUCAUCUUCGUCUACUACUUCUUUUACGACAUCGCUUGGACGCCGCUCCUGCAGGCAUAUCCUGUGGAGAUUUUCCCCUACACCCUUCGCAGCCGUGGAUUAACUGUCACCUACAUCUCUGCCUUUACAGGCCUUAUCGUCGGCAAUCAAGUCAACCCAAUUGCGAUGAAGCAAAUUGAAUGGAAGUACUACAUUGUCUUUUGCUGCUUGCUGGCGGUGCUCUUGGUGCUGAUCUGGUUCUUGUUCCCAGAGACCAAGGGUCAUACAUUGGAGGAAAUUGCAGAGGUAUUCGAAGGCAAGCCGGGGCUCAUUGAUGGGAAUAAGAUGGAGAAAGGACAAGUUGAUGAUGUCAGUGCCGAAAUGGAUGACACGAGCAGGAAGCACGAGGCCACCUCGACUCAGGUCGAGCGAGCUGCUUGA